CGACUUGCAAACACAUGGCUACCUCUUGAACACAGAGCUUCAAACAUGAGUGGGAAGGGAUGCCAGCUCCUGGUGUCUCCCUGCAGUGCGUCUCCAUCCCUGAGCAUGAUCCGAGGACACCAGUCUCAGCCCAUCAGGAUACCCAUGUCCUCCCCCCAAAAGUCGACCCUUAGUUCCUCGUCAACAAGUAUGGAGGAAGUCAAAAGACGGACUAUGCCCUCCGCUGGGAAGCAAAGCGGAAGCCAUGUGGUUCUCCCAGCCCUGAGCCUCCGCAGGAAGGUGUUAACGAACGGGAAGUAUCUUAGCAUUCCAGGUACAACAACACUGCAAGAUGAAGGGGCUCGUCAUCCUCCGAUGGCAACACCUGCAAAGACAAAACUGUCCUCAUUUAGCAACAGUUUCAAAGAUCCCUCUGUGUCUGUGCGGACCAUGGAGGUGUCUGGCCACCACCCAGCUGGUGCUAACCUGACAGUGACCCGCCAUCCCCUGACUGUGUGUACCGGCCAGCCACAUACUGCAGCGCCACCUCCCCCUUCACAUCCCCCAAGUGUGCAAAUUCCUCACACCGAUGCCAGGUCUUUAUUAUCCAGAGAAUCCUUGGCAUCCACUACCCUCAGUCUGUUUGAGACUCAGUCGGUGUUUAGCGGCAGACAUGAUUGGCCAUAUGGUUACCGUGUCCUUCCCCCGCUGGGUCUUCCUCUGUACUCCGCCCAGGCCGCUGAGGGCAGUGAGCAGACCGGACAUUCCCCCGACACAGCCACCACCGUAUCAGGUGGAACAAGCACCUCUGCCUCCCUGCCGUCAUACCUCUUCACAGGUGAUGCCGGAAGCCCCCGACAGUCUCGAUCAAAGAAACGAGCUCUCUCCAUGUCGCCGCUGUCAGACGUCAUGGGCACUGACUUCAACUUCAUCAUACGCACCUCACCUACCUCACUUGUGGCGUAUAUUAAUGGUUCCCGCAGCUCUCCAGCAUCGCACCCCACUCUCUCACCUGUUCUGUCUGAAGGUUAUGGUCACUUUCUGGGGGUGAGAGGCCAAGGUAUCCCCCAAACACAAGCCCACAGUGUUCCAGGCUCAUCACAGGCUGUUGCUCUACACUCUGAGUGUGGACAUAUGCAGAGGCUUGAACACAGCGGGGGUCUGGAGAGCCGAAUGGCGAACAUGGUGGUGGAGCGGCAGUGCCUCCCAGAGGAAGGAGGGACACCUGUGGAUGCAGAAAACAGCAGCCAAACCACCAGUAUCCUGCAGCCACCUCGACAUGUAGAGCCAGCAGACGCUACUCCACAAGGGCCUCCUCCACCAUACCACUCCCAUCAGCACAUCCACCUUCAGAGGGGCCACUGCAGAAUAAACCCCCCUUCUCAGGACCCCUUUACACAGGCUCCCACGGUUCCUCCGAGGCAUGGAAUGAGCUUUUUCCCCCAGGUCCCCAUGCUGGAGGAGGAAGAAGGAGAGCUGGAGGACUAUGGAGCCCAUAGCUGUCGAUGGUUGGACUGCAGUGCGGUCUACGAUCAAAAAGAGGAGCUGGUCAAGCACAUAGAAAAACUCCAUGUGGACCAGAGAAAGGCUGAGGACUUCACAUGCUACUGGGUGGGAUGUCCACGCAACUUUAAGCCCUUUAACGCCCGAUACAAGCUCCUUAUCCACAUGAGGGUCCAUUCAGGAGAGAAACCCAACAAGUGCACGUUCGAGGGCUGUAAGAAGGCUUUCUCUCGACUAGAAAAUCUGAAGAUCCACCUUCGAAGCCACACGGGGGAGAAACCCUAUGUGUGUCAGCACCCAGGAUGCCACAAGGCCUUCAGCAACUCCAGCGACAGAGCCAAACACCAGCGAACACACCUGGACACGAAGCCGUAUGCAUGCCAGGUCCCUGGCUGUGCCAAGCGUUACACUGAUCCCAGCUCAUUGAGGAAACAUGUGAAGUCCCACUCGACAAAAGAGCAACAGUUACGAAAGAAGAUGAAAUCAACUGUGGAUGUGACCGCGGACACACUGACAGACUGUUUAACCAUCCAGCCGCUACAGCUGAGCCUCUCUCCUCUGGCAAGAAUAGACGACAUCUUGCAACCAUCUUCCGGUGGCUCUCAGGAGUCAUUUUCUGCUGCUCCACAGGGACAAGACUCCUCCAACAACCCUCCCCUGGCUCUGCUGUGCUCCUUACAAGAUAAUUACAGGUUUGUUGAUCCUUCCCCUCACAAGCUCUUCCCUGGAGACCAGUGUGGGCCUUGCUCUUCCACUUGCCUCCCACAGCCUCCCAAUGGGAGAUCCCUGCACAACAGUGGAGAUCUAAAGCAGCCUGGCCAGCAUCCUGAUCUACCCGAUCAUAAAGCAGAACUCUCUGGGCAAAUGAAGCUGCUAUUUUCUUCUCCGCAUUACGGUGGGAUCACAGCACAGACCAGCUCAAGUCACCUGAUGCAAGUUGAUGCCUUUGGUGACAACUCGGCUCCAGCAGUCAAUAAUCCCAAUGGGGUGGCAAGCUCACAAACAUCUUUUUCUGGCAUAAUGGAUUUCGACAUCCGCAGCCAUGACCAGAACACGGGCUCUAAUCAAGAACUAGAAGGACAUGUCUUCAGUGUUAUGAACCACUGUCAGGUCUCCUCUUCCACCUAUACAGCAGGAUGAUAUUAUUCCACUGUUUUUUAAAUGCAUGGUCGUGGGUCCUCAGUCCAUUUAAGUGAAAUUAUUCAGAGGACAAAUGAAAUGGCAUUGCAACCUGGCAACAGCAUGACUAAAGAGUCAAAGAAUAUGUGAUGAUAAAACACUGAGGCACUUUGCAUUGUCUCAAAGUCUCCUUGACUAGAUCUGUGUAAAUCUCUGUUUCCACAGUUUUUCUCUCUUCAAUUAUUUGUAUUUAAUGACGGAUUCUUAUGGAUUUUAGCAUUUACUUUCUGACUUUUAACAGCUUUGUAUUGAAGUACUUCAGAUAGUAUCUUGUGACAUUUUGCACAAUAUUCUACAAUGCAAUCGAAACAAAGUGAGCAAGGGAUCAUUUAUUAAGGUUUUUCUUAGAACCAUGGCUUUGUAACUAUAGCAACAAGACAGCCUUAUCAUAUAGUGCCAUAGAGUGCCAUAUAGAAAUCAUUUGAUAUAAGAUCUUGUACUGUAUGUCUAGAUCAUGAGGCAGAUUUGUGUACACGACCAUACCAGUGAUUUUGCAUGUUAUUUGCUGCGUGUUUAUUUACUAAAAUGACUUUUACUUCACCCUUUUCCAUUUAUAAAACCAGGGCUUAUGCUUU